UAAAAUUGUUUAUCCCACCACAAUGUCAGAAGAUAAACCACUCUUGAAAAGCAAAGAACAGAAAGAAGACGAGGGCGGUGCAAAAAUAAAAGUUUAUUGGCAGAGAUGGCUGGUCCUUUUUGUGUACUGCUCACAUAUAAUGGGGACCAACAUUGCCUGGAUGAGUGUUGGCUCUAUUGCAGACGUUGCUGAGUGCUAUUACGGGGUCAAUGUCUUCUGGAUAAACUCACUCUCCUACAUCUUCCUUGUCAUGUACACCUUCUUGUUUGCCGGAGCAACUUAUUUCCUAAAGAGAUUUGGCCUCAGGUGGACUGCUAUCUUAGGAGGCACUUUCAAUGCUGCUGGAGCUUGGCUCAGAUUUGCUGGCUCAAAUCCAAAUUAUUUUUGGCUCCUCUUGAUGGGCCAGGGAGUCUCCUCGUUUACUAAUGUCCUUGAAUGGAGUGCUCCUUCUCUAAUGUCUGCUGUUUGGUUUCCACAGAACGAGAGAGCAUUUGCAACUGCAUCGGUUGGUGCUACAGCUCCUCAAGUUGGAAUAUUGCUCAGUUUAUUUAUUGGUCCAUUAGCAGUACAUGAUAGCAGAACUGAUACUGUAUGCAACACUACAAUAACCAUUAGGGGAUCUGCAUCAUUCAUCGAAUGGCAGGACAAGAUUUAUUCACAGAUGUUAUACUAUUUCCUUGGCCAAGCUGUUCUUGCUACUGUCCUUCUUCCAAUAACAUUCAUGGUCCCUGCUUCCCCUCCUACUCCUCCAAGCAGGUCAAGACAGUUAGAGGAUGAAGAAGAGAAUGAUCUCUCACUGUUAAGAUCUGCUCUCAUUCUAUUAAAAAACAAACACUUCAUUUUCUUUUCAUUUGUAUUCGGAAUGUAUCUUGGAGUGGCUGGUGCAUAUGUGACUGUGUAUGAUGAAGUAUUCAAUGCUAUUGGGUACAGUUCAUAUCAGAGUUAUAUGGGAUACCUUGGUCUUGCUAUACAAUUAGUAUCAAUAGGAGGACUACUAGCUAUUGGGACUUGGAUCGACUAUACUAAAACAUUCUAUGGUUCAACAGUUGCUAUAUCAGUAUCAAGCACAAUAGCUGCCAUUGGUCUGGCUUUAGCAACACAAUAUAAACUAGAUUUCAUAUAUCUUUCAAUAAUAUGCUCGGUUGCAGUUGGACUAACUGUUAUAUUUCAAGGUGUUGGAUAUGAAUAUGGAGUAGAAAUGACAUACCCAGUACCUGAGAGUAUAUCUGCUGGUAUCAUGAAUGCAUUCUCACAGGUAACUUGCACUAUAAUGAUAUUAGUGUGCAGUCUACUGGUAAAGAAGCAUUGGAGUGUCUAUGUGUAUUGGAUGCUAGCAGGGUGUGUUGCUGCAUCUGCUAUUGUUCAAGUUUUUGUUAGACCCAAAUUACGAAGAGUUGAAAUAGAUAAUCCUCAAACUAAGAAACUAUUAAGGAAACCAGCUGCAUCUAUACAAUCAUGAAUAUUAUUAAUAUUCUAUUUUAUUUGAUAAUAAAAUCAAAGGCAAAAAUUAAAUCUUGCAAUGAAGGGCGUAGUAGAAAAGGUG